GGAUACCCCAUUAACACUUCUAUUUAACCAGGGUCUCCUCCGACAUAUUUCUGUCUCUUUUGCUUCCUUCCAUCACUCUUCGAUCUUUCUUCUAUCAUAAUAAUCAAUUGAUACCCUUUCCCCCUUUUUUCUUCAGAAACCAUCUACCUCUACAACCAUGCGUCUUUCUUACGCCGUGUCUCUUCUGCCUCUGGCUGCCUUCGUCGGCGCCCUCGAGGUCACCUCCCCCAAGAAGGGUGAAGAUGUCGAUCUUUCCAGCUCCUUCACUGUGACCUGGGAUUCCGUCUCCACCGACCCCACCACCUUCGACCUCUACCUGGUCAACAACGCCGUCUACCCCACCGUAGAGAAGAAGGUCGCCUCCGACGUGGAAACCUCCAAGGGCUCCUACACCGUGUCCGACCUGUCCGGCGUUACCGAUGGCUCCGGCUACCAAAUCAACCUCCUCUCCACUUCCUCCACGAACAGCGGUAUUCUCGCUCAGUCCGAGCAGUUCACCGUCGAGGGUGGUUCUAGCUCUAGCUCCACCACCACCGCCAGCGCCUCCAUGACUACUUCCGCCUCUACUUCCUCUUCCUCUUCUUCUUCUUCCACGGGAACUUCUACUGGUACUGAUACCUCCUCCACUUCCUCAUCCUCCACUGGAUCCAGCUCCAUCACCACUACUAGCUCCAGCACUAGCUCCUCCUCCAGCAGCAGCAGCAGCAGCAGCAGCAAAUUAACCACUACUACCUCGGGUGCUAACACUCUAUCGACUACAGCUUCCUCGACCCGUUCUGCCUCUGCUUCGGGUACUUCUACUGCCUCUGCCAGCGGUACCGAGACCACGGCGCCGGCUUCUACGGGCGCGGGUAUGGCUCUUGCUGCGCCGGUGUCUGUUGCUGCCGGUUUGGUGUUGGGUGUUGUGGCUAUGCAGUUGUAAGCCAAACCAAACCAGACCAGACCCCAAGCCAGCUUUCUAUUUUGUGGAAUGGAUGAGAUGUAGUAUGGUGGGGAUGUGAAUGAGUGUGUGAUGGAGUUUUUUUUUUUCUUCUACUACCCGAUUGGUGAAAGCAAUACUGC